AGGAGGAAUGAAUGACAGGCCUUGUAAUACAGUUACUGAUUAACUUACCCUCCUUAAGUGUAUGGUACAGGUAGCGUGAAACUUCCUUCGAACUUUGCUCAACCAGUGCCUUUGAGACCAGGCGGACCAAAGCAACUGUCAAUCUUCAGGACUCGCAUAUUAUAUCUGAUUAUCAACAAACACUGUCCGUCAGAUGAGACAUGGGGCACUUAGGCUGUACUGUCAUUAUGGCCUUGUCUUUUGGGGGUGCUCUCAUGACAGACACCCAUCUGCCUGAAUUUCUCCUUGGAGAUAACACAGGAUUUCAAAGAAAACUCCUUGUAGAAGAUGGUGGGUCAAUCAGUAAAGGAACAGCCAACAGGUCUUUGGGGAAGGAGGGAGAAGGAGAAGGAGGGAGCUCCCAGACAUGGCCGUACCUGGCGGCAGGCCUGGCCACUACCCUCACCAUCUCCGCCUUCAUCAUCCUGGCUGUCAAAUGCCGCCUCUUCCACCGCUACCUGGCCAGCUACAGGCACUACCUUCUCCCAGAGGGGGACCUGGCAAGCCAGUACAGCCCAGAGGAGGGGGCUAUCCCUGGGCAUGGGAUGGAGGGUAGAGGGGGUACCCAACAUGGGGUGGAUGAGGAUGAUGAUGGCUUCAUUGAGGAUAAUUACAUCCAGGCCAGUGAGAGAGAGAGGGCAGAGAGACACAUCAGCAGAGAGGAAGAGGAAGGGAUUGAGGAUAGCGAUGAUGACUUACAGUUUACCAUUGGGUGAUAGCAAGACACUCUUUUGAAAUGAAAAUGUUUGUUUACAAAUGUAACAGCAGAGAGGAAAAAACCAUUUGUCCAGAGCAUUAUUCAGGGUCAAGAUAGAUCUUUAGAAAUAUUUUCUUUUUAUAUAGAAGAACUUUAGGAGAUUGAAAGCAACACUUGAGCCCUUCAUUACAUGUAUUUCUUUCUGAAUUAAUGAUUAAUAACGUUGAUACCAAAGUUACUGUUGGAUAUACCCGUUUGGUUCUGUGAAAAAAACAUUACUGAACUAUAUGUAAAAACAACAAAAAACAUGUUGCUGAUCUAUUUAGAAUGUUAAAAAUUGUCAUAUUUUCAUUGCUUGUGUGAAGAUAUACUUCAACUUCUGUUUCACUCAAGGUUUUGUAAAUCAUUUUUGUUCACAAUCUAUCAUGUUUAGAGUUAUGUAGCAACUUAUCCUCUUGUAUUGGACAACCAUUUGAAAACCCUUGUGAAUAAAUUCUUAAAGAUACCUGGAUACCUUCUUAAAGUUACCUUUGUACACUACAGUACACAGCUACAGAUGACCCA